UCAAACAAAAUCUCUUCUUCAUUCUCCCCAGGAUCGAGAUGACCACAGCCACCCCUCUGGGGGACACCACCUUCUUCUCAUUGAACAUGACCACGCGGGGAGAGGACUUCCUGUAUAAGAGUUCCGGAGCCAUUGUUGCUGCCAUCGUGGUGGUUGUCAUCAUCAUCUUCACCGUGGUUCUGAUCCUGCUGAAGAUGUACAACAGGAAAAUGAGGAUGAGGCGGGGGCUGGAGCCCAAGGGCCCCAAGCCAAGUGCCCCUUCCGCCCCGGACCCAAACAGCAACAGCAGCCAGCACCCUGCCACGGUGACCUUCGGCCCAGUGGACGUCCAUGUGGAGACCUGACGACCCCUCCCCCAGCGCUGGCUCCGCCGCUGUCCCACAGUCAGGCCCCAGGAGCUCACUUCUCCGGCAGCUUCCCCGCGACUUCCUCCCGGGCGGCUGUCACCCACUCCCUGAUGCUUCAAGCACCCUUGCCCUCAUUCGGCUGCGCUCCCCCCCGCUGCGCCCACAUCCCUGCUGCCCCCCUGCCAAAGAGCUGGGGCACAGUCCUUUGUCAUCCGGCCAGGCAGAGCUAUGUUGGGAAGCCAGUGGGGUGGAUUUGGCUCUGUCCCCCCAGACUAUAGCUAGACAGACAGACAUGCAGCCCAGGAGACUUCUGAUUGUGUCAAGGUCGGGGUAACAGACAGCAAAGUGCCCCGCCCCGCGGUCAGACCCCGGGAGACCCACACGGACUAACCACCCAGAACACCAACUUGUUAAUUUACCGCCUCUUCCUGCCCCAGAUGACCCCGGCAUCCCUCCCAACCCCUCACAGAGAGAUUCAAGCCAGAGCAUGCCACGAUCACCCACGGUUUCUCUGUAGAGAGCUGGCCUCUGACCCCUGAGCCUGGACAAGCAACUGAAAAGGAGAUAAGAUGACCUGCCUCUGAGCCCUACUUCCUGCCUGGUGGCCUUGGAAAAGUGACUCCACCCACACAAAAAGUGCAAAAACAGAAACCAAAAAAAAAGAGUGGCUCAGCCUGUCCAGGGUCAGCUUCCCAGCGUGAAGUGGAUGACAAUGUGUGCCUGGCUGGGCGGGGAGCUCCAGCCCCGGGUUCAGUACCGCAGCUCAAAUGUAGGGCCCAGCACCCAGCAAGUGCUUCAUAUGUGAAAGCCAGUAUUAUCACUACGACAUUUCAUUAAUUACAGGACAUACAUGUGUUCCCAUUGCAAUAAUUCUAGUAUCAGAAUGUGAUACCUUAGUGCCAUUAUAUUUCUUUUCUUCAUUUUCCCUCUCCAAAAAGCUGCUUCUUAAUCAAUCGUGCGCCUUGGAAACAAGGGGAUGCAUCACUACUGCCUGCAGUCGGUGGCACUGUGACAUUUCCCCUCAAAUCCUGGCGUCUCUCCCUUCCAGGGUCAGAAUUUACCCUCUGAGGGGAAGUUGAGGGUCACAGGGUUGGUUAAGAGGACUGACCCAGGUCACUCCUGUCACCUCACUAGGAAACACCCAGCUGGAGAGAGCUGGAGCAACACAGGCAAACUCUUCCGCCGUGGUCAUCUUCUCUUCCUACUGUGUUUGAAU